ACUAACCCAUUUACUAGUAAGUAAACCAACAUCUCAAAAUUAGUUCAUCAUUUGCGUAUGUUUCAAGCUAAGGUAUAAACAGUCAAAGUGAACUAAAUUAAAAUACGCAUUGAUAUGGAAGAUAUAGUCCAAAGCUUCAAUGCUCGUCACUGUCUACAUCUUCAAGUUCAUCGCUCUCAGCUUCACCAUCUCUGUUCCAUCAAUCCUCAUCAUGACUUUUCUCUGUGGUUGUAUUACCAUCAAUUGUAAGGUCAUCGAUUUCAGAUUGAUUAGCCAUUGAACCCUAUGCAAAAAAAAUAUAAGCAUAUGAUAACGUAAUUACAAAUUUUGCACCAAAUUUACCUUACACUCAUGCUAGGUGGCAUAACUUUAAACUAUAUAAUGAAGUAUACAAAAAUCAAAUGAAAUAUGGAUAGUUAACAAUGAUAAAUAUAUAGAGACUAACCAAGGUAUUUAAAAGCAAUGAUACUACAUCUUCUAAAUUCUGGAGUCUCUCUUUUGUUUCCUAAUGCUCUUCUUCAAUUUUCAAUCUUUUUGCUUUCUACUUCUUCAAGGCGCACCAUUUAGAACAAGAUUGAGGAACUCUUACUCUCAUACCAAAGGUUUGUGCAUAUCCAUUUUUGUCUUCUCCCACUACCUUUUCAAAAACUUCAUCACGAGCAGGUGCACAAACUUCUACAUUCUUUCAAAGUAUCCAACUUCUUAAGAAUUAACUCUUGUAAAAUUAUGAAUAAAUUACCAAUGAAGAAGGGUAUAACUAUCUAAAUAACAAUGCAAAAUUAAGGAUUUGCAUACUUUUAGUUACUUUUCUCAUAGCUGAAACAUCAUCAGGUUUUGAACAUUUCUUUGGCUCAUGUGUCAAGAGCCAUGUUCCAAGCCUGUCUACCUUAUUUCUUUUUGCCUAAAAAUCAUGUUAAAUACAUCAGUUAUUAUUGACAUAAACACAUAAGGCUUUUAUCGCAUGAUAAACAAGAAGAUCAUAUUAACAAAGUAGCUCCACAGUUUGCAAAGCGCAAAAAAUUGUGAGUUCGUGUAGUUAUUUAUGUAUCAAGUACCUCUUCGUUAGCUUGAAUACGGGCAUCACUUCUUGUCCCAGAAUAAUGUGGAACUCGAUUCUUACCUCUUCGUUAGCUUGAAUACGGGCUGAUGAACUAAAUCCAAUGAGGAAUAAAAAGCUUAUGGAGUGUUGAAACAGAGCUGUACGAAUUCAGAACUAAACACCUACAACUUUAUAACCCACACACAUAUAAAAUAGAGCAUAAAAUCACAUCACAAGUCCCGUUAAAUCAAACAAUGGCAAUUGACCUAAAAAAUCAGACAGAAACAGAUAGAUGCUGCCUUCGGUUCAAUCAGUAACAAGCAAGUAUAGAUUUUGCCAAAUACUUCAAGUUCGAACACCAAUGAUUCCAGAUUAAACAAAUACAAACUCAUAUUAAACGUUGACGAGGCUAAAUCGAAGGUUUAGAGUUGUUUACCUAUUAAUCGCGAACCACCUAGACGCUGGGAUGCAACCCUAGGACGCGUGAUUCGACAGCCUUGGUCCUCCUCUUUUGGAUGGUGUGGAUCGUGUGACCAGACUCGCCGGUAAAUACCGGCGAUGAUGGUUAACCGGCAACUAACCCUCGUCGCCUCCUUUUUCUCUCUGCUCCACUCUAUCGCACCUUGCCCCUACUCGGAAGUAGGGAGGCUGUUUCCAAGAGACCCCCGGCUCCACCUGCACAAAAAUAUGGAAGAGAACACAGUAUAACACAGAUAAGGCACCAAGUACAAGCAACAAGUACAAACAAUAGCAAAAGAUUCCCAACAAAUACAACACACUACAAAACAACCUCUACAACACCGAAGACAAACUUAAUAAGUAUAUUGCAUCUGGUAUAUAUAUACAUAAUAAUAUUAUGGGUGGAAGGCAGCCGGUGGUGUCACCUCCGUCGUGGUCUGCGGCGGCUGUUCCGCCGUGUUUAUUAACAUUAUUGCUCCUCUCUCUUCUUCCACUACCGUCGCUAGUCUCUUCUAAUGAAGAAGAGGAUGGUUUGUUGGCGCUAAAGCAGACAUUUAUCGAUCCUGGUGGGAGUACGGCAAAUUGGAUGCCGGGGACAGGUCCUUGUCACGGCACCGUUGACGGUAACAGCAAUACUACUAGUUGGUCUAAUAUUUUCUGCGUCAACGGCCAUGUUACCCAAUUUCAGAUGCCAUAUGGAGUUAUGGCGGGCAGUUUAGUUCCAGAGCUUUCCAAUCUCAAAGAGUUGAAGAUUAUGUCAUUGGGAAACAAUAAUUUAAGUGGUACAAUCCCCCGCGAGCUGGGGAAUAUGACGAAUUUGGGAGAUUUGGAUCUCAACAACAACAACCUAAACGGUUCCAUUCCUUCCGAACUCUGCAAUCUCCCCUUAACCGUCCUGCGGCUUAGUAAUAAUUCCUUGUCUGGUGAAAUUCCUCAAUGUUUGAUGGCAAUUGGAGAAGCAUUUAAAUACGAUGGCAACCCGGACCUACAUCCUCCUCCACAAAGUUCCGGUUCAAGUUCUACUCCUCCCUAAAGCAUCAGAUGGAUGCUGGUGAUCGCAACCAUUACAAUAUAAAGUCUUGUUUCGA